UUCUAUAUUUAUUCCUCUGCACCCGGUUUUUGCCUUUGCCUGCAAAGUGGAACUGUCACAAACAUUUGUGCUAACUUUUGGCUGCACAGGACUUCAGCUUGCAAGUCCCGAGUCUGCUUUUGUGCACGUUUGGGGGAGGAGGCGUAUGUGUGUAUAGUUGUGCAUGUAUGCAUGUGAGCAUCCCUGGUCCUUGCUGUCUGCAUUAUGUGGUCUGUGUUCCUGCGACACUGCAGCAGUCCCUGUCUUAUGUACGCCACGCAAGUCGUGCUCUCUGCCUCUUCAAGACAUUUUUAUGAAUUAAAUAUUCUCAGUCAUCCUGCUUAUGUAAUGUCAUUUAAAUGAAAUUAGCCACGCCUGACCUGGUGGCUGAUUGAUAAUGAUCUGUACUGCUGUGCAGGAGGCUUGAGUUAGAUUUUAUUCCCAGUCCCUCAAGCUUUUACUUUCCAGGGUUAGGACUGUGGCAAGGAGAGGGACUUGUGGGGCCACGUAGCAGGGAGCUCCUGGUUAGGCUGUGGUUGGACCAUGGAUAUGUCCAUCCCUCUGGUUUCUCUGUGUGGGGAUGAAGGUGCUCUAAAUCGGAGGCACUGAGCUCCAGCUCAUGCUUAGGUACUGCUGUUUAAAGUGAGCACAGUAGCAAGGGAGAGGGUAUAAUGCCAUUUCAGCUGGGAAAUCGAGGGGAGAUCCUAAACCCUGGGAAUGUGAAGCUGGGGGAAUAGCUGCAUGGUGGGUCUCCAAUCAGCAAAUGCUGCUCAGAGGAGACGCGCGCUUGUUCCCGCUCCGAUGAGUACAACUUGUGCUUAUUGAAAAACAGCCCAGGGCUGUGUGCCAGGAGCCGGGAUCCAGCUUGUCCUCGUGUGCUCAGGCCCCUGAGCUCCCAGUCCCUCUAACAGCUAUAUUCGUUUCUGGCACAGGAGUCCCUCUAAGGUCACGAAGACGUUAGUCCCAGGUUUCAACCCCAGGAGCCAUAAAAUGUACCCUGCCUGACCCCAGCACAAGGCAGAGGCAGCACUAGCCGCCUGCGUUCCCCUGGGUUUCGUUUCCCUGUCCCCACUGCGUGUGCCACUGCAGCCUGCAUUCCUCUCUGGUUCGGUAAGCCCUUUGCCUCUUGAGCUGACACAGCUAAUAUUUCCCCUGCUGGCAGGGCAGGCGAGGCAGUGGCAUUUAACUGGUAAAGAGAACCCCGAUCUGUUCGUGCUGCAGGACUCCAGAGCAGUAAGGGCUGGUGCACACUUGGGAUGGGGUUUCUGCUCUUCCAACUGGUCCCCUUCCAUGCUUUUGUUCCCUUUCUUGACUUAUAUUAUUCCCUACUUCAUCUUGCUGUUUGUCCUUGCAAAAAGCAAUACCUUGGGAAUUGUUUUCUGCAAGGGGCUGGAAAACUGAGUCAGAGUUUGUAAAACCUGUACCUACCUGACCCUUCUUGCCUUCAUUUUGAAACAUCUUCUACCAUGGUGACCACAGUGCUCAGAAUGUCUCCCAUUUCUGACCAUGGAGAAUGCUCCUGGUGGCCCAGCUGCGGCACAUGGCUCUGGAGGAGGUUUUAGUGGUGGUUUUAGAAAAAUAGUUGAUUAGCUUCCCAUGGAGAGCUAGUCCCAGUCCACAUUGCAUUAAUGUUGUCCUGAUGCCACUUGGACUGUUGGCUCUUUAAAGCAUGCCAGUGUAAAGGAUGUGUGCUGGUGCUGCCUGGCAAGGUUUAUUUUUUGCAGUGGACGAAUCACUAAGUUAAAUGUGGUUCUUAGUCUAAAAGGCAGAAAGCUUUGUUUUCUUCUACAGCAAAGGUUUACGUCUUUUCUGUCACCUGUGAUACUGGGUACUAAACUUAUGCUGCUACGGGCCCCUAACCUCUGCCUAGUUACUGGAGGUAAUUGUGCAGCCCCUGUCACUGCAGGGUUUUGGCUCCUCCCGAAGCCUGCGCUUCGGUACCAGUGAAAGCCAGAUGUACUAUAAUGUCACUUUUUUACAGUUUGUUUUGGCCAUACAUGGGCAGAGUCAGCUCUGGAAUUCCUUCCCUAUAAAUUAAAUAGUAUCAUGUGGGUGGUGCUGGGGAAUCACUCUGGUCUGGUUGGAUCGCCUCAGCAGCCUGUUCGUCUUGAAAACGUCCAGAUUUGCACAUUCCUGAGAGGCUGCCUGCUCGUGGAGCUGAUGGCUACAGCUACCAGGAGGCUGUCAUUCCGUGCUGGCAGGCAUAGUCACCUCCCUGCUGCCUGCAGGUUGGCUGUUGCAGCCGAGGAGCAAUGCCUGUGGGAGCGGUAGCAUUGAGUAUAUUGCUCCCAUGUGCAGGCAGGCUCUGCAGGGACAGUUGUGCCCCCUAAGCAUAGCUGUCCUGCCUCCUAAAUUUGCUGUAUGGGCUUGAGCAUUGACUGUCACGCCCAUCUCCCAGGGAUGGGGAGGGUGGGCGCUCCCCUGUUCCCACCUGCCAUGGAAUGCUGCCUUAGUGUCCCAGUAGAGAUCAAGGGGUGCUGCCAUUGUGGGGCUCCUUCUCCCUGCAGGGAGAUCUUGCCUUGUCCAGGCAGCGUGCUCCUUUCCACAGAGCUGUGUUUUUUCCUUUUGUGAAGUAAAAUCAAAUACAUACUUUUUGCAAAGCACCAGCUCAAUGAGCUGGCCAGGGAAUCUUUCCCUGCCCCAGGUAAGCAGGUGGUGUGGGACCUGGCAGCAGGACCUCUCUAGUGGGACUGAUUGCUGAGCCUUGCCUUUUCUGGCGCUGAGCUAGUGUCGCUAAAAACACAGCCUGAAUUUUCCUAUUUGUCUUUAAAGAGGACUCUAAAAAAUAGUUUUGGGAGGUUUUUUGCUGAUGAGUUGAGGGAAGAGAGGGAGAUUUGCUGAAGGGGUGAGGGGCAACGGCUCCUGGAGCUGCCCUGUUACAUCUCCCUGUGCAUCCCUGGGAAGAAACAGAUGCAGUGUCACCCAUCGAGCCAGGAACCUCCAAAGCGCAGGUCAAGAUGGUGACGCGUGGCCCCGUGUCUGGGCUGAGCAUGGGUCAGCGACAGUGAUGUGCUCAGCUCAGGCUCCAGAGGGGCAAGUCAUCGCUGUGCCAAAGCCAGGGAGAGAAGGGUGAUUUUUUUUUUGACAUCCUUUGGAGUUUUGAUCUCCAUAUUUGGAAAUGUUUACCCAUUGCUCUGAUCUAUUGCAAGGGAGGGGAGGUGACUCAGGGUCUGGUAGAAGCACGAUUUGAAUUCCUGUAGUAAGGUUUUUUUUUUUCCCCCCCUUUCUUGUUUUGGAAUCCUGUUGUGGUCAGUUUUCAGUUCUCUCUUGCUCCUGGACCUUGUUCCAAAUUAGAUCCGUUCGAGAGGGAAGCGUGUUAGCGAAGGAGCUUGCCUGGAUGCUGAAUACUUUAUAACUGGGUGUGCCUGAAUGCAUCAGCCUUUGGAUGUGAGCAUCUUCUCUGAAACAGUCGUGUGAUAUCCUAGCUGCCUGUUCUCUCGGGAGGUCCCUUGGAAGAGCCUGUCCAUACGUCUGGGUGCCUGACGGAGCUGCCUUGCUUCCAGAUCUGAACCAUGUCCCACCCAUCCUGGCUGCCACCCAAGAGUACCAACGAGCCUGUUGGUCACGUUACUGCAAGAAUGGAGACCACGCACACCUUUGGGACUCCCAGCAUCUCGGUGUCCACCCAGCAGACACCAAAGAAGUUUGCGCCUGUUGUUGCGCCCAAGCCAAAGUACAACCCAUACAAGCAACCAGGAGGUGAUGGGGACUUCCUUCCUCCACCCCCACCUCCUCUGGAUGACCUCGGAAACAUCACAUCAUCACAAGGUGCCUUUCCCCCACCACCCCCGCUGGAUGAUGCUACUUUCAACGUGCAGGUGAAUCCUGGUGGCAAGACGCUUGAGGAGAGGCGGUCCAGUUUAGAUGCAGAAAUCGACUCUCUGACCAGCAUCCUGGCCGACCUAGAGAGCAGCUCUCCUUACAAACCUCGGACUCAACAGGGCUCCGGAACCUCGAGCACCUCUGCCGCCACCACCCCAUCUGUGUCCACCCCCGUCACUGGCCACAAACGGAUGAUCAUCCCCAACCAGCCACCCCUCACUGCCACCAAGAAGUCCACCACCAAGGGCCCGGGGCAACCGGCACCCAUCCCGGUCACUCCAGUCGGCACCCUGAAGCCGCAGCCGGUGCCGGCCUCCUACGCCACGGCCUCCACCCCCAGCCGCCCGACCUUCAACGUCCAGGUGAGGACGGCGCAGCCCAGCCCGCACUACCAGCCGCCCGGCCCACAGCCCAUGCACUACGGCAGCCUGGGGCCCAGCCAGCCCUACGCUCCCCCGCCGGCCCGCCCGCCUGGUGCCCCUCAGUACAGCUCUCCGCAGCCCCGCGGGCCUGACUACAGCUACGCUCCGCCACCCGGCCGGCCCUCAGAGCCCACCUACGGCUAUGCACCUCCGCAGGGCCGCUACCAGGACCCCUACUAUGGGGGGUAUGGUGGGAGGAACGGCUCCGAAGCGCCUUAUAUGCCGCAGAGCACCUGGAAGACCGAGCCAGCAUAUCCUGCCAGUAACACCGUGGGCCAGGCUCCUCCCGGGCUCUACCAGCCACCCGGCACAAAGAAGACCUACAUCACUGACCCGGUGCUGGCUCCACAGCCGCCCGCAAUGCAGCAAAAGAGUGGGUAUCCAAGCUCUGGACCUGCAUCAAGCACUCCUGCCUUCAGGCCUGAGGACGAGCUGGAACAUCUGACCAAGAAAAUGCUGUAUGACAUGGAGAAUCCUCCCUCUGAUGACUACUUUGGCCGCUGUGCCCGCUGUGGGGAGAAUGUUGUUGGGGAAGGCACUGGCUGCACAGCUAUGGACCAGGUCUUCCAUGUGGAGUGCUUCACCUGCAUGAUGUGCAACAACAAGCUGAGGGGACAGCCUUUCUACGCAGUGGAGAAGAAAGCCUACUGUGAACCCUGCUAUAUUAACACGCUGGAGCAAUGCAGCGUCUGUGCAAAGCCCAUCAUGGAAAGGAUCCUCCGAGCCACUGGGAAGGCCUACCAUCCCCACUGCUUCACCUGCGUGAUGUGCCAUCGCAGUCUGGAUGGGAUCCCCUUCACUGUGGAUGCUGGUGGGAACAUCCACUGCAUCGAGGAUUUCCAUAAGAAAUUUGCGCCGAGAUGUUCAGUGUGUAAGGAGCCCAUCAUGCCAGCCCCGGGACAAGAGGAGACUGUACGCAUUGUCGCCUUGGAUCGUGACUUCCAUGUCCAGUGCUACCGAUGUGAGGACUGUGGUGGCCUCCUGUCUGAAGGGGACAAUCAGGGCUGUUACCCUCUGGAUGGGCACAUCCUUUGCAAGACCUGCAACUCUGCUCGGAUCCAGGCUCUGACUGCCAAGGCCAGCACUGAUCUCUGAGUAUCAACUGUGACCCUCCCCAGAUGCCCGUUGGGGGAUAUUGCACAAGCUUUGCAUGAUUUCUUUCCAGCCUAGGGUCUGAAUCUCUGUUUGGAGAAAAAAAAAAAAAGUAAAACUGGAAGGCCUUGGAACAAGAGGGCAGUUUGAGAGGCUGUGUUCAGACUGCCCAUGACAGGCAGCUGAUUUAGACGUGACUUUUCAGGAGGGCAGCGAGUGAGUCAGACCACCUGCUGUCUCUGCAGCUGAUGGAGAUACAUAGUCACAGCACCUAAGUUAUCUGCCUGUAGAAGGAGGUCUGAACAUGGUCCUAACUAUAUUUCUGUGUUUUGAUUCCUGUCUCAAGAAGUACUUGAAGGUAGAAGGUGAAAGAUGGCUGAGCUAGUUCUUUUUCCCAGGUUAUUUUGAGAACCUGACCAGUUCUCAUUGAAGUCAUGGGGAGCUUCCCUUUUGACUUUAAUAGAAUCUGGAUCACCAGCAGAAGUAGCUCCACUGCCCUACAAGUCCUCCUCUCAUCACAACUCACACAAUGCAACUUCAACUGUACUGCACCUAAGAGUGUAGGUGUGACCUUGUCUCCUUGGGACACAGAUUUGUUAUCUAUAUCUUUUGUCUUAGGCCCUUACUUGUCUCCAGUCCCUUCCAGUUCAAUAGAGUUUUUUCUUUUUCUUAUGAAAUUAUAUUUUGCUAUUGCAUAAAUUUAUUCAGUAGUGAUGCUUCCAAUUCACAAUGUAUGAGCAAUCACAGAAAAAUGUGAGCUUGCACACACUAUACACUACACUACAUACACACACACAAUGUGCUUUUGAUUUACCAGAGGUAUAAGCCAAUCGUGUCUGUUGAGAAGGUCUUUUAAGGAUGUGGGGCUGGAAACACAUUUUUAAAAUCCCAGUGGUUAAAAACAAACAAAAAAAAUUACUACACAGAACUGCAGUGCAAAGCGAUGCUCAAAUCUUAUGCCACUCUCACACACCCCAUUCUAGUGGGACCACUGGCAGUGUUGGUUUCUGAGUAGAUGUUUAAGCAAUAGAGUCUUGUUCCAUCUCUGGUGUAGUAGAGUGGGGGGGUAGUUUCCUUCAACUGUAACAGAGACUGAAUCAGGCCUUGGGAUAUGCAUUUCUCUGAUGUUACCACACAUGAUCUGAAGUUCUUAUUAAAAAAAUUAAGGAUCUUAUUUCAACAACAGCAAAAAGGAUCCUUUUAAAUACAUGCUGUUGUUCAGUUUUUAUCUUAAGAAAGCUUAAGAAAGGUAUUAAACCCUUCUCUAUGCCAUUCCAGAAAGUAAGCAAUUUUUUUCCUCUUUCAUUUUCAUCCCAGCCACUUAACUUCUUUCUGGUGAAAUGUCAUUGCAGAAGAGUGCUGGGCCAGCAGCAUUUUCAUCUUCAGCCCAGAAUUAAUACGUAUGCCAACGUAAAUAAAAGCUGGGCACAGAUAAUCUUUUUUUCUCAUGUUGGUGGGGUUUUUAUUUAGUUUGGUUAAUUAAAAAAAAUUUAAAAAAUUAGAAAUCCACAGCAAUCUGAGCAGCUAUAAUAUUCUUGUUCAUGAAACCCAUAAUAACUAAGGUGCAAAUUACAUAGUGAGGGAGUAAUUUUCACAUCACUGAAUUGACAUUAAUAUCUUAUUUGCAGAUGUAAUCAAAGAAAAUACCUUUCUUUGCACUUAACAAAUUAAGAAGCAGAACUAAAACAGUUGCAGGCUGAUUGACCAUGUAAGUGACAAACUGGCACUUUUCAAGAGUAAGUUAUAAGAAUUGUUUUCAUGCUCCCACUGAAAAACAAUAAGAAUGUGGUAUUUUCAUCUUUAUUCUCCAUAACAGAAGCCUGAUAUAAUUAUACCCACUAAUGCUGAAAAGAAAGGUUAGAUGAGCUAGACUGAUAGGAAACAAAGAGGAAAAAUUGAGAUACUGCAGCUCCUGCAAAUGGUGCAUUUCCUUUUAGUUUAGCACUAACCUUUAUGGAAGAGCAUUGUGAAAUUUAGUAGUUUUAGCUGUAUACAGUAAAUUCAAAUACAGAAAUACCAGUCUGAAACCUCUGUUCCUUACAUGGUUUAUAUGUUGGCAAACUCCAGCAGUGUCAGGGAAGUUUCCCAAAAUUCACAGCUCAGAAUGAAUCCUUCUUUGUAGAAGGGUGGCAUCAUUAAGCAAAAGAAAUCGUUCUCCACCAUAGUGGCUGUGCUGAAGCAGUUUGCCUUUUUAUACUAGAUUGCUACCCUGGCCUUCAAGAAUUUUACUGCCUCAGACAUAAACAUAUUUUUGUGCACCAUGACUCCUGCCAGGUUCCAUCUGGGCUCCUGUUCCCUGAACCGUGGCACGUAAGGUACUUCUGAGCUCGCUUCUUUACAUGCAGUCUGCACCACCACCAGUCAAAAAAAAAACCCUCGCAACUAUCGAGCAAAUCCAGUUUGAACUAACCCUACAAAAACAGUGGGGGUCAGAGGUGGGAUCGUUAACACCAUUGUAUCCCUGUGGAGGAUUGUACGUUGGCGAGCACAGGGAGGGACGUGAUGCACUUGAGUGCGGAAUAAGCCGUUCAUCAGGCAGCAAGCGUAGCUCUGAUCUUCCUUAUUCUUGUUAGUGUAAAUCAAGUGACUGUUGAGACUCUCCUGAAUAACACUGGGGUAAUUGAUGGAAAUGAGCUAUUGUGCCUCCCUGCAGAAUGUGGCCUAGACUAAGGAGGACCAAAAUCCAGAGCCUUUCGGCUUUUUAUGGCCCUGCCAGAGGCUGGACUUGGAGCAAGUCAUACGGCUUCUCGUCUUCUGCCCUCUGCACAAGAGGGAUUCUUUCCAACUUCCCAGGGACGUUAUGGGAAUUAAACUAAUUGCAGAUUGGCCCAAAGUACUGAUUUUUGGAGUUCUGUCUUCUCUUUCCAGAAAAGUUUGCUGGUAUGUAGGUUUGGGAUUGCAGCCCAUUUCAAAGCUAGGGGCCAGCCAGGAGAUCUAGAUCUGAAUCCUCUGUGUUAUUAGGGUGCUGUGGUGAGUUGGGCUAGCAUGCAGGGAGGUGAGAGCCAGACUUUUCAAGCAUUAAAUACUCCAUGGAUGGAAGAUGUUUGACAAAGAUUGAGCAGUGUUGCUAUUUGAGGUACUGUGGCUAACUUCUAGACCUGACACAUCUGGGCAAAGGUACUAUCGUGCUUUUGUUUUCACCCCUAAAACACCAAAGCCAUCUGCCUGUUGGAAAGAGUGAGCAUCCAAAACACUUUUCUUUAUGUUCUGUAAUGCAUGUGGUUUUGGCUUCUAAAAUUGCUAUAAAUAUAUUCAGAAGAUAUUGCGUAAAUGUAUAUACAUCACAGAGGCUCUCAUCACCCGCGUGUGUAUGGAAAUCUCCCCUCUGAUGCUUCAGGAUUUAAUUAGAAAAUGCUGGUGGACUUAUCUCAAUUGCACUGCAAUUAAGAACCACUGGGAUAUUGCUUCAUCACAAUAUUUAUCACAUAUUUGUACUAUAUCUUGUUUUAUCUGUUCCAAAGAAGGAGUCUUUUUGCCAAAGAGACCUUGCUUUUCUUAAGGUGUGCUUCUUAGCCAUGAUAAAAAUUCAUGUCAUCUGUGGCAAUGUCCAAACUGUUCCUUUCAGAAAGAAUUGGAAGAUUAUACAGACAGGUCUGUUCAAGUCUGCAGUUUUUGCUUAUGCCACUUCAGCGUUGUCUAGCAUUUGUUGUUAAGUAGGGCCUGAUCCCAUGUUUUGUGUGGCCAAACGGGGUCCAGGAUCAGGCCCUAAUUUAGCAAAAUAUUUAAGCCCAUGGGGUUAGUUUAAGCACAGAAUUAAAGCCAUGCAUGGUGUGGUAUAAGCCAUGGUUCUACAGUUGCUAAUACCAGACUGAUUCUGUAUCACCUAGUCAUACAGAUUUGAUCUGGGUAGGAUGUGAGCACAGUCAAAUUUCUGCCAAAUUACCCAGAACACAUGAAACGGCUCCUGUGUCGCCCUUAUGCCAACGGCAGGAGGGCACCCGGUGGCUGAUCCAACAUGGCAUUUGGGCUACAGGAGGAUGAGUUAUUACAAGAUCAGUGCUCCGUGUCAGGUGGCUGUGGCACUUUUCAUGUGUCACAAGUAGCUCUACAGUCAGAUUUACUGUAUCUUUGAAUCAUGGCUUUAAAACUGUCUACUUAAACUUUCUCCAGAAGAUUGGGUUGCCUUGGUUACAGCCCAAUCCUUAAGCAUAUCCCCAAGGCUAACACUAGUAUUUUAUGAAUGUGAUGGUUUUAUUGUCACUUAUUUUAAUCACUGCCUGAACGUUGCUUUUUAAAACAGAAAGCAACACCAUUGCCUUAGCCUAUCAGAUAAUGCACCUUUAAUUUUGUUUUUGGUUUUUUUUUUAAUAUUUUAAUUCUUAGAUUUUUAUCACAGCUGCAAAACACUUGGGUAAUGACUUAAUCAUAGAGGUGUGGGAGUACCAGAGUGUUUAGCAUAGUGAACUUUACAUAAUAGUGUUCAUGCUGACGGCAGGAGCGAGACUUUCAUGGGACACAGGCCUUAAGUUGACUUUCUGCCUAUCAGCAAAACGUGCCUGAGAAGAAUGAGAAAAAAGUGUCUUUUAGAGAAAUGGUGAUCGUUGGAGAGAAUAUGCAAUAAGUCGUACUGAAAUCUCUUUGGACCUGUUACGGCUGCUGUCUGGCCAUGAUCAGCCAAGCCUAGCUUAGGUUUGAUAAACACUGGUUCCUCUUGGUUUUGAGAAAGUCUAGCAGAUGAGGGAUACCAGGACCCCAGAGAAGGUUCUUGAGGGAAAUCCCAUGUCUUUGCCCUCCUUCAGCAUCAGAGAGAAAUGUUAGACACCUGGUGCUUCAGCUGAACAGCUCAGAAAGGAUUUGAGUUUGUAACUGCUUUCUGUUGAUAUCUGGUUCCUGCAGUUGGUUCAUCAUGUUGGUUUGCUGUUUGUUUACUGAGUUGGGUUGAUCACACCUCAUAUAGACUUCCAUACUGUAAGUCAGGGCUAUUAGAGAGAGACAGGCUGAAGAAUUUCGCUGUGGUGAAAUGCCCGCGAGAAAACACUAGUGAUGGUAACUGAGGCUUUGUUGCCAAAGGAUAGCAAGAACUACUUAGUACUUUUGAGAGGUUAGCAAAGUGCAGACUGAGAGCUGUGAGAACAUUAUUUCCAGUUCGAGCUGGUCACAGUUUUUACACUAAAUUAUGUGAUGUCAGAAGGGCCAUUUUUUAAUGAGAAAUUCUUUCUUUUUGCAAUGUUAUCCACAACCGGGUUUUUUUUUCCUUGCUGUUAUAAUUAAAACCACAUUGAAUUUUUAUCUAAAUAAAUUUCAGAAUUGUUAACAAAUAUUUUUGUUUCUCAAAAACCCAUGUCUUCUUUCUCAGUUUUUUAUAGUUCUUGGACUACUUCUGCUGGUAAAUUAAAGUUUCUGUGAUGAUUUUGAAAACUUCUUUGGAUAAAAAUUCUAUUUAAAAACAAGCACAUGUGUUCUUGAAAAAUGGUUCAAUAUUGGACCUGGUGAAAUAAAAAAAGCGUUGAAACUUUUCACAAGAUUUUUUUUUCCCCCCUAUUUUUAACUAGUUUUGCUAACUUUGAAGUCACUGUUUUCUUUGUUAGAACAAUCCAAACAAUGUGACUCUUCUUAAAAUAACAGUGUUACUUCUGUUGGGUUCAUUUUUUCUUUCCCAUCUUAAAGCCAUGGAGUAGCUGGCUAUGGGGAGUGCCGGGGUCUUUUUCUGUGGCAAUUACAAUUUUCUUCUUUGGGUUGUUUUUUUUUCUCUUCCCCCCUGAAAUUACUGAAGAAUAUAAGCACAUCACGGCAACUGCUGUGAAGAUCAAGAGAUAUUGAUUGAACUUCAUCUCCACAUACCCUUCUGGGCUUGGGAAUGGUGUUUCUCCUUAAACAUUUCUAGAAAUACUACCUGACUUCCUCAGCAUUUCAAGUUUAAAUUUGCAACAGUUGAUUGCCCAACUGACAUUUGGAGCAUGAGAGAGUGUAGACUUUAAACUUGUGAAAUUGUAACAUUCACCCAGCAUCUAAAAAUCUAAGGAAAAAACCAUAACCUCAGUAGGUUUCCUGGUGGAUGUUAGGGAACAGCUCUCAUUGCAGCCUGGAAAUUCUCUGCUGUGAUCUGAAAAAACACUAAGUUCAAACACUUGCAGACCUCUCUGGCAUAUGUACUCCCAUGCACAUGUAAGGUGGUUGUGGGGCUACAACUAAGUAGAAAUACAGGCUGCAAUAUUGAGCAUUGCUACUUGAACCCCACUGGGCUUUACUCCUGGCUGUGUAUUCCUGGUCUCUUGGCUUCAUGUCACAUGUGGAAGCAAUGGGGUUGAUCACUGAUCACUGGUAUCAAGAGCACUCAGUUCAAACUCUUUUUUUUAAUUUUGCUGUUUCUCCACAUUUCUCAUCAUACCUAGAUCUUUUAGAAAAUGAGGAAGUAAACAGAAGCCCCAGGUGGUGGCAUUACCUUUACAUUUCCAGGGGUUAGAGUCUCUUGCUGGGAACAUGACACUUGUCUCUGCUUUUUUGCCUCUGCCUCCCUUUGUCCGCAAACAGCGCUCUCAUCUGCUUUUUGCAUUUGCUUGAUGUGCACUCAUCUUUACAGUGAAGAUGGUAUGUUACUUACUUCUUAGAGGUAUUGUGAGUCUUAGCUAGUAGUUGGAAAAACUUUUCCAGAUCUUUAAUCAAGUAGCUUUGUGCAUCCAUAGUAUCAGUCGCCUGCCACAUGGAUAUCAAAGAAAAUGAUUAUAAUUAUUGCUUUUUAAAUGAUUAUGAAAUUGUGCCUUACUUUUUCAGUCAUAUUUAGCCAUGUAAUUUAGAACCGCAUGAUUGCAGGGAUUUAUCAUGAAGAAAUUUGUUUGAAGGAUAGUUUGUUUGUUUUUAAAUAUUUUUUCUCCAAAACCAAAUGUAUUAGUUUUUCUCUUAUUUUUUCCUCCAGUUUUAUUCCUUUAAUAUGUUUGUGUAAAAGGGCAGCCAGAAUUUGCAUUCGUGAGAGACAGAUUAUUUGGUCUCGUAUGUAGAGCUUUCAUUUUCUUUUAUGUUCCUUCAGGAAAAUUCCUCUCUGCCCGAUUACUCAUACUUAGAUGUCUUUAAAUGCAGGCUGACCAGUAAGGGUUUUUUGUCGUUGUUUAAUUUAGUGUGUGGCUUGCUUUGUGGGGUUUUUUUUGGUUUGGCUUUUUUUGUGUGUGUGUGGUUUUGUUUUUUUUUUUAAUUAACCAGAUAUGGGGUACUGGGGGGAGGCAUUGCACAUUAAUGCAGAAUGUUAAUGCUAAUUUUCAUAGAAAAGACAAAAUUAGAGUCUUUCCCUGUCUCUGGUGCAGUUUUGUUACUGGUUUAUGUACAACACUAAUAUUAAGCCAAACUGUAAAGGCAAAAAUCUCAGAGUGACCUACUUCCAUUCACCAGCAAGAACCCUUUGUCAGCUGACUCCUGUUUGUUCAUUUUUAAAUGUCGGAUUACAGAACGAGCAUCUCCUAAAGAUGAAAGAAAACAGUGUUUUCAUGUGCAGGAAAUUUGGGGUUGCAGUAACGAAACAUUUUCUUUCUGAAUUUGGACGUCAUGGUGUUUUAAGCUCCUGCCUGGAGCCUAAAUCAAUUUGGCCUCUCAUCCCGUUCAUCUCACUGGUGCUCCUAAAAGGCUGCAGCCCUGCAAAAGCUCAUGCAGCAUUUUUGGCUGCCUUCCCUUGCUCCCAUUUGGUACAUAUUUGCACAAUUUAACUGAGCUUUUCUUUCUGCUGAAGGUCAGAUGCAAGCGAUACGAAACACUAAACUUUAUAAACAAGCAAAGCCAUUUCAACCACAGCAUUUUGGACUAGAAUGGAUUUUUAGGUGGCGCACUGUCUGCUGGCCUUUGGAGGGGAGAUCCUGAGACUACAUUGGACUGGAACAGGAUGCAAAGCCACAACCCUUGUUUUUUUAUUAAACUACUUACUGUAAUCCAACUACACAGAUUCAGCCUCACACUUCUGAAGAAGCUUCCAGCAGCAAUGCACGUACAGGCACUUUCCCUCUUGCAGAAAGUGAAACUUUCCCAACCAGAGUAAAUUUAACCUAUUGCAUAAGAUGCUGGAAGUUUUGGGUUUUUUUUCCUUGGGAUUCUUGCUGUAACCUCUAUGUGCAGAGGAUGAAUAGCUUUUCUUUUUCCCCUCUUUUUUUUUUUCUUGACAAGAUUAGAUGUUGCAUAUUGAUGAGCUAGCAUUUCAAAGGUCCGUGGGGCUUUGGAACGUAUUAAGAAUCUCUGAAGUUUAAUAUUCACUAUGCGUUAAAUAUUCAGAAGGAAAAAUCUGCAUAAAAUGGUUUUUGAUAAAUACGUUCUAGGGGUUCGUUCUUUCUAUCUUAUGCAAGCGUUGUGGGGAUUGUGGCUGUGCCAGUUUUGUUCCAAAGUGUCUUUUGUUAGAGUGUAUCAGGACUAUUUUGAUCCCAUUUGUGUGCCUAGUGCUUGUCCUGUAUUCUUUUGUGGUUUCUACUGGAACUGUACAGCAAGCAGGUGGAUGUGACCAAGGCAAAGGCGCAGCUGAGCAUCUUAAUUCCUGAAUACCAGCUUGGUUGCUCCACUCCGUAUGACAACUAUGAUUAGCCCAGUGGUCAGGCCUGGCUGAGAUCCUUCUGGAAAGGUGCUCCACCCUGAUUGGGAUUUGAGGAUGGAGAGAACGAGAUUCUGGGUGCAGGAGCAAAGCAAAGUGCCAUUCAGUGCAUCUCCAAUCUCACAGGACAGUUUCCCUUCCUUGGAUGUCCCUCUUUGGUAAGAGUUUCAGCAGUAAGAGAAGUGCUUUUAGGAGAAGUCCUCCCUUGGGGAUGCCCUAUUUCCCAUGGUGUUGAAAAUGUGAUUGAAGCUUUAGAUGAGGAGAAUCGAUUAUGGGCUGCAAACACGCAGCUGUUUUACUGUAUUAACCCUUUGGUUUGCCUUAUCCUUUACAUCCCAUGGUACAUACCAUGUUGUGCAUGACAGCUGCUUUGGUCCUGCUCACACGUGGCCUUGACUUUGUCAUGCCAGUCCCUGUUGAAUCAGCGCCUGGUACUUGUUCUCAGGACAGCUCUGGCUUGGGCCAAGGGCAUCUCACGCUCCUAUGCAAAAGGUGGUGCUUUCAGGUUUUGGCUUACACAUAACACAGCCCUUUCAAUCUCACCUUUCCCCUCUUACGUAUUCCUGACAGAAGUAGGAUUUUAAAUAUUUUAUAGCAUUCUUCUUUCUUCUCCCUUUUUGCCAGAUGCCUUGAAAACAUUGUCAGAUUACGAUCUGGGUGGGGGUUUUCAGGAUCGAUUUCCUUUCCUUCUUGAUUGCAUGGUGUAGGUUUGCAUUGAGGGUUUUUUCCUUUUUUCUUUUUUUUCUUUUAGUCUUACAGAACAGAUGCCUUCAGUUUAUGCAGACAAAGAUUGACUAUGAUUAGAGCUAAUCCAGGAUGGCAGGAUUGGACCCCCACAGUGAAAGCUAGAAAAGUGAUUGCAAAAGUAUUCUGUUUCUCCUUUAUUAAUUACACAGGAAGUUUCCACCGAAGGCUCAUGUAGCACAACUGGCCUAUGUAAUAAGUAGCAGGGCCUGUAAUUACAGUCUGUCUUCUGAUCCUAUCUGUGCUCCGACUUUCUAGGCACCGCAGUUCUAUUUACAUCUGUGUCUUUGUCACCUUUUAAAUUUUUGAUUUGUCAUUAAGGGAAGGAGAGCACAAACCAUGAGCCCUGCAGAGGUGCAGCGAGUCUAAACAAGGGAGUCGUCGUCCUUUUCAGGUAUCCGCCUGACUUGGGACACAGAACAGAGCACGGGGAACAGGGGGGAUUUUACCAGCCAUGCAGCGGAGUGGGCUGCAUGCCGAGUAUCUUUCAAGAUCUUGGAGUCUUUGUAGGACUGGAAAUUCAAACCUUUUACAGGUCUUAACUAGUGUGCUGCCCUGUGAGGGAGUUUAUAUAUCACCAUUUCUUUGCUCAGAGCUAUUUCUACAAGGAUUUGGCCUUUCUUUUCUGUAAGAUUCAGGGGUUUAUGGUUGCAAAGAGAUCCUUCCACAUGUGGCACGAGGAGGGAGAUGGCUUUUGGCAUCAUGCAGAGAAGCUGAGCUACAAAUCCUGGUAUUGAUGUAAAGCAGGAGUAACUUGAGUGGAAGGGGGAAGGCAGUGAUUUACACGUGGUUCAGUACCAGCUCUGAGCAGCAGUGAGCGCAGCCUCAGACAGAUCAGCUCACUUGGGAUGUCAAUCCAGAGACCUGGCAAUGAGUAAAUGAGCUCCUUGUGAAAGUGUUUGGUGCUGGUCACUCUGGCAGUAAUCUCUUGUCUCUUUGGAAACGUGCACUAAAGUUAGGGUAAAACUACAGAAUGGUACCCCCCAGCCUUUUUCUUCAAGGCAUAUUCCCAGGGCUAUGUUUGAUCAAGAGGAGCGAAAGCCAUUGUGCAGAUACUAUACUCUAUGCAAAAAAAAAACAAAAAACAAAAAACAACAAAAAAACACCCACAAUCCACUACAGAUAUUUUUAAUGGCCAUUAAACUGUUAUGCAAAUUGUCCCUUUUCUACAGCUUGCACUGUUACUUAAUUAUUUUUGGUCUGACUUCUGUUUAAAAAAAAACCCCUCAAUUAUUUUUUAAUUUUUUUCUAACUCUACUUCUAAGAAAGUUGAUGCUUUAAAGGAAAAAAUCCUUACUUUCAAACAUGGGUUUUUCAGGCUUCAAAAUUAAUAAUUUCUACACCUGACCCAGUUCCUGCAGCUGCCAAAAAUGAAAAGAGAAAGCUAUUUAAAUUUCUCAUAGAACCAUUUAUCUCUUAAAAUAUGCCAAGGCAAUUUGAGGUGGGGGUGGAGACUCAGCUAUUUAUCUCAGCAGCUUGAUUUUUCUCUUUAUGUUUCUAACUGUCAAGGGGAAAAAAUGGUAGGAAGCUAUUCUUGGGCUAUUAUUGAUGUAUUGUGUUGCCAUUAUGCAGGAUGUCUGCUUUGCUAUAUACGGAAGGACAUUAAUAAUAGCCAUCUCCCCUGCCCCCACCCUCAGUUCCUCUUUGGGAAGAUAUGGUUUAAACUGGAGCAUCUGCCGUGUUCAAAUUGCUGCUCCCUCCUCCCCUUCCCCCAAUUCAUUCCCAAACUAGUUUUGGGAACAGGGCUAAGGGAAUAAGGAGACGGGUUAUAUUUGCCAUUUUUCUGCCUACUUGUGUGGUUGCUCCAGGCAAGUCAUUUCCAUGCCAUGUACCUGUCUACCCUCUUCCUUCCUCUGUAUUGCCCCUCCUUUCAUUUUAAGUUCAUCAGUGCAAAAAAAACCCUUUUCUCGCGGUCUUUUUCUCACAGUGGCUGGCUGGCAGAACGGGCUCAGCAACAGACUUCUGGUUUGUUAUUACCCAGCAUUUCAUAUCCAGAAACGUUGGUUUCUUCGUUAUUUCCCAUAAGCAGGAAAAUGUACUCCUGUUCCCAUCCCUCCUACCCCAGGUUUACAACAUUGUUACGCAACUUUAAAGGGCUCCGUCCACUUGUUUAAAGACUUGGAUGCUUGUUUUAUUUUUGGAAGCAGAGUGUGUGGUGAACAGGAAUAGUUUGAUGUUCAAAAAAUCGCCCCACUUCAGCAUUCCCCUGAAGUGCAGGAAGUCCUGUCUCUGCAGGUCUGUGCCAGCAGCGUGACAGCCUGGAGAGCAAAGCCGACUUGAGUAGGAAAAAGACUUGGUGUGCCCCAUUUCAGCUGUGAGGAGAGAGGGGUGAAAAUAAUAAACAUGGCAAAAAAUAAAGGACAUAAUUGCUCUGGGUUUUUUUUUAAUGGCUGUUCCUACAUCUCAUGCUAAUUUUGUUCCAUAUAACCUUUGCUUAUUCAGCAUUUCUGAUAGUCAGGACCAUGUGCUUUUUCGUGGUGAAAUGAUUUUUACUUGUCAUUUGUUGUGUCCUAGUCUUGCUCUGGUCCCUGUAUGUAUGGAGCCAUUUUGGUUUGGGCACUGAAUUAAAACAAAGUUAGGAGCUCUGUCUAGGAAAACUCACGUAGAGUUUAGGGCCAGAAAAUGCAAUCAGAAUAUUUUCCAAUUGUGAUAUAGGGAGGUUUUCCAAAUAUGAUUUCUAGAUGGCAGGAAUGCCUUCAUUUGGGAAAGUGCUCAGAUUUCAAAAUGAAAGGGAGAUGGCCAUUCAGUGUAGUUUCUUGUUGCUUUUAUUGUCUUCCGUGGUGGUGGCCACGAAGAAAAAUGCCACCCUCUGAAGCGUUCCCUAAACCAGUGCUGGAGCCCAGCACCUCCUGUGCAAAUGUUUGCUCCAGCUUAUCGCACUGCUGCAGUAUGAGAGCAAGGAAGGCUGGCUAACGAAGCAAGGUCCACCUCAUCCUUAUUCAUAGUCAGAGCCUGCUCCCUGUUGUGGGUCUGUGUCCAGCCUAGGGCUUGAUCCUACCUUCCUAGUGCAAGUAUUUUGCCAAACAGGUGUUUUCUCUCUGCUGUUAGCUGUGGGAUUGUGUGCAAUGAUUAGGAUUUGCAGGGAGGGAGGAGAAGAUCCUGUUCCAAUUAGGCUGCCUUUGUGCUAAUUUUUCAUUCAGGGCUGUAUGAGAUAAGAGCAGUUUUCACUGAGAUGCACAGCCAGAGAUUGUGGUUUGCGUUUCAACUAUGUUGAGAUGGUACCCAUUGAAAAUACAGAACUGGGACACUUUUUUACAUCUGCCAGUGCUUUACUGACAGCUCUGUAUGGGUUGGAAACCCCUUUUGGUCUGGCAAAUGGACAUUUUCUGCCUUGUUCCCUGAGCCUGAUCUAGUUCUGUGCUUUAUCCACCUGAAAAGCAGUAUUUCUAAUGUGCCUAAUGACUAAGUAGCAAAGCACCUGACAAGCAUCUAAGCAGAACAACCAGCAAGGUGAAGAGUAGGCUAUUAACUGAGCUGCCUUUACAAAAAGUGUAUUCUACCUUCUUCACUAUGUGCCUUUUCAGAGACCUGCAGUGCUUCUUUAUGGGCAGCAGAGAAAUAGCCCUGGUGCCAAGCAGGGAUGGGAACUGUGAGAAUGAUGCAGAACAGAAGCAAGAGGUUAAUUUUGAGCGUCUGUUCUCCAUUGGGCUAAGCAAAGCAAUGGCUUUAUCCCAUCAGCACUGCUUGUCGUCUUGCUUAACACACGUCCUUGUCUGGUAGGCAACUGUUCAGUAGGGGAGGUACUAGGGUAUAUCUCCUUAAAUGUCUCUGUCUCAUCAGAACUCCAGAA